UCUUUACCGCUCUGCUCUGUUUUAUAAUAGGCUCAAGUCCGCCGUUCCUUUUUCAUGCUAUGGAAAACGCAACAAAUGAUAAUAAACGCAGCCGCGGUGACGGCGAUUCGGAUUUCCCUCAGACGAAGCGGCUCAAGGACGAUCUAUUAAUGAUCAAUAGUCCUAAACCUGAUCUGGAUUUCUUAUUGAGCAGCUUCGUUGAAGAGAUCUCUGUUUCUCAAACGCCGAUUGAAUCUGUUGAACUUCAUCCGGAUUUAGGUUAUCUUCUUGAAGCGUCUGAUGAUGAACUCGGUUUACCGCCGCCGGUUGUAUCUGGAAAUGAAGAAUCGGAGGUGAUUGGAGUUUCAAUCGGAGAAAUGUGGAUGUUUGAUGAGCAGAUUCCUUGUUUCGAUUCUCUGGAGAUUGGAAUCGCGAACAAUAAUAGCUGCGCCGAUGAUGUUACCGGUGAGUAUCUGCCUUUUGACGGUCUGUUUGAUUACUCCGAUGCAGUUAUUGAAUCGGCGGACGGACUGUAAUCAGAUGUGGAUGGCCGGCGGCGGAAGUUUAUACCGGCGGCGUAGUAACCGCUUCCCGGCGGUGGUGGGGAAAAUUUCUUUGUUUGUUUGUUUUUUUUGUUAGUUAAGUUUUGUUUUAAGUUAAGUUUUGCCGGUUUAGUUUGUUAAAAACAUAGGCAGUUUUUUUUAGGAAUAUAAAAGUAUUUCAGCCUUAUUAAUAUUUUUAAGUUUUA